CUGCGUCCCUCGCUUCAGUCAGUCGCUGCUUGCCGGAGAAACAAGUGGACCGAGCGGCGCAUGAGCUCCCAGGAAUGAGACCUGAGGCAGAACUUGGCUCUGUGGUAUCUUAAUUAUCUGAAAGAAUUUCUCCUGAGAGCAGACGAGCUGUUCUCCUGCGACUUCCGGGCUCUUUUGACUCAGAAACAACACUGAGAGCUGGUUUGAAAGGGUUUUUUUUCUGCUUAAUUGAUUGGAUAAAACACACUUGUCAUAUCAGAAGCGGGGACAUGUCGAUGUGGGAACAAAGCUGAAGCUGCCAUAUUGUCUCCUCCGUUAAACUUUGCUCCUCUAGGAUUACAAGAGGACACGCUGAGACACAGCUGAUCCCGAGAGGUCAGACACUCUCUGACCCAGAUCCCCUGCAGGAGGACAUGGAGGUCCUGCGGCGGUCCUCUGUGUUCGCUGCAGAGGUCCUGGAUGUGUUUGACCGAUCGUUGACCGAGAAAGAGCUGGUGUCCCAGUCUAAAGCCUUGUGCAGGGACUACAUACUGUCCAGACUCAACCAGAAUGGACUGGGAUGGUCCAAAACUGAACUCAACCUCUCUCCCUCAAACGCAGCGCUCGCUGAGGUGUCUCUGGUGCUUCUCUGUCUUGGCGACGAGCUGGAGUGUAUACAGCCCAGUUUGUACAGGAACGUGGCACGGCAGCUCAACAUCUCUGUUGCUAUGGAGAACAUGGUUUCAGAUGCCUUCAUCGGCGUGGCAACAGAGAUCUUCUCAACAGGUAUAACAUGGGGCAAGGUGGUGUCCAUGUAUGCAGUAGCCGGAGCCCUGGCAGUGGAUUGUGUCAGACAGGGUCAUCCAUCCUCUGUUCACAUCUUGGUCGACAGUCUGGGUCAGUUUGUCCGCAAGUUUCUGGUCCCCUGGCUGAAGAGACGAGGAGGUUGGGUGGAGAUCACAAAAUGUGUGGUGAAGAAGGACCUCACCCCCGAGCACCACUGGCUGUCUUCUGUCAUCGAGUCCCUGAAAUACUUCCUCACUACAAUGUACGUCUACAUCAUGAAGGAACCAUGAGUCAACAGAGACCGAGCGCACAGGAGUCGUCAUCAUCACUGAUUAACACGAGAUUGAAUUCUCAGACUUGUCAAUAAUCGAUGGAGUGGAGAUGGUCGCAGUGCCUGCCUGCAGAUAUCCGUCUGUCGCUGAAUGACCAUCGACAAAUGUUUCGUCAGCAUCGUGUUUGUGGUAUCUCAGUGUCAGAUAAGUGAUUACCCUUCAUCCAAAGUGUAGUCACGUUGAUAUUUAAAAGCAUAAAUGGCAACGAAACACGUUUGUGUCACUCCACCUCUUCUGCAUACUCUCACACUGCUUACACCGGUGCAGUAAACCAGGCUUCUCCAGUGAUGUAACUGUGAUGUGUGAUGGUGUUCAGGUUGAAUGUGAGGUCGCUUGCACUCCUGAGAUGAACUGUGUGAUGUGAUGUUUGUCUCAGAAAAUAUACCUGAAGGAGGAAAGAAGGUGGAAGUCAUGAAUGUAAUGAAAGCUGGCUGGGUCUUCUGAGUGUUCAGUCAGCGAAGGACUGAUAUCACCUGCUUUUACUUCUUUAGGUUUGAUUCAC